GUGUAGAUGAAGUGCGGGAAGGGGGCUGGUGACGCUCUGCGAAUCUGCAACAAUGGAGGGGAGGGGGAGGAAGAGAAUGAGGAGGAGGAGGGGGGGGAAGGGGGCGCGGAGGAGGAGGACGAGGCUGAGAAGGGGGAGGAGGAGGAGGAGGAGGAGGAGGAGGAGGAGGAGGAGGAGGAGGAGGAGGAGGAGGAGGAGGAGGAGGAGGAGGAGGAGGAGGAGGAGGAGGAGGAGGAGGAGGAGGAGGAGGAGGAGGAGGAGGAGGAGGAGGAGGAGGAGGAGGAGGAGGAGGAGGAGGAGGAGGAGGAGGAUGCGUAUGACGUGCUUGCUGGUGGGGAUGGUGAUGUGAUGGGGGGAGAGAGAGCAUUAGCGGGGAUGACAGCGAGGAAGAGUUUCGCCGCAUGAUGGCAGCUGCCAACCCCCUUUGUGCCGA